CCACAGCUUGUCAUGGCGACGCCGAGGGAGGAGACACGUGGCCUCUUCAGCCAGGCGGUAGAGGCUGUGCUGGACAGCUGGCCUGUCUUGCAGAUUGCAGUUGAAAAUGGCUUUGGAGGAGCGUACAGCCAAGAGAAAGCUGAAUGGAUGGUGGGGGCUGUGGAGGAGUACUUCCAAAGCAAUGCUGACCUGGAGCCUGAAGAGAUAGAAGAUUUCCUUGCUGAGUUGAUGAACAAUGAAUUCGACACUAGGGUAGAAGAUGGAAGCCUGGCUCAGGUAAGCCAGCAACUGUGCCUGUUCUUCAGUCAGUGCCAGCAGGGAGACAGUGCAGCAGUGCAUGAAGCCAUUCUCCGACUGACCCAGAAGAAGCAAGAGGCUAAGAUGGCUGCUUCAAAAUCCCAGGCAGCUCAAGAAAGCAGCAGUAACAAGGAAGAGGAGACCAAGGAAGAGGCCAUGGACUGCAGUACCACUCCCAGCACAAAUGGACCACAACGCAGCACCCCUCCACCUCCACCAAGCACAGAGACCGAAGAUGGUUGGACCUUGGUGAGGAAGAAAUAGAAAUGAAGAGCAGGAGCCAAAGACCAUGAGUGUAGGAUUCCUGCAUAGACUAGUGCUGCAAGGAGUUGUUUGUUUCCAUGGCUUGGGUGUUUCUUUACAAAGUGCUGAAGGAAGCAACUUGGAUAGCAGAGGUGUGUUUUUUUGGGUGGGGGGUCAUGGGUUAGGCUCUCCACUCCAGCCUGCAUUUAUUGUGCACACUCCACUGUUAGUGCCUUUGCUCCUGACCUAGCAGAAGCUGACCUGCACUUAAUAGGUUCUAGACUCAAUAGCAUGAAGGCCUUCCGGUCCUUGAAGUUGUUCUGGAUCCGUUCUCUUCCUAGGGUUUGUAAUGGCAGAUAGCAGCCGUAUAGAUUCUUUGGCAGGGAAAGACCUUCCUCCGUGCCCAAUUCACAGCCUGUCUGGUGUGAGGCACUUGUUUCAGGAUGUCCCUUGCCCCGUCAAGUAGCCCAACACCUGGAAGACCAAAGCGGGCCAGCCUCUCUCUUCCAUCCCAACCCCAGAAGGGAAAGUGUGCGUGCUCGCCCUUACUCAAGCAAAGAAAUGAAUUUAACAGAAAAACAAAAUCCUGUAUUUAAAAAAAAAAAUUAUGGACAAUGGAAAACAAAAUCCAACAAUGAAACUAGAAAGUAAAAUGAACAAUACACAAAUCUCGGUUGUGGGACAGGGGCACUUCUGUCAAUAGAAGCUCCCCUUCCCUCACCUCUGUAGUGGCCAGCCACUGUACAUGAGCAACAAUAAAAUAUUAUUUUGGUAA